AUGUGUCCCCCAGGCGUCGACCAAACUACAAGAACGUCGCCAAAGUGGAAGCUUCUUAGUCCAGAGACACAACAAGUCCUUCCACAGCAUGCCACUUCCGACGAAGCAUAUGAAACCGAUGUUUGGUUCCAUGAGGAUAUUGUGAAAGCUUCAUUCGGUCUUAAGCCUGCGCUUUUUGAUGCAUGGACUUUGCUGGCACGUCCGGUCAAGCCAACUUCCAAUGACAAGAAGAAGAGACAGCAUAGAUUCCACGAGCACUCAAGCGGAUUCGACACACUCUCCAACGAGAUUGUUGAUCUCAUAUUCUCCCACAUCUUACCACACAAGACCGAUGCUAUUUCACUAGCUCUAGCUCUCGACUCGCAACGAAUCUGGCAAAUAAUCUUCCGUCACACCAACCGUACGACCUUGGAACUCUUGGCACCGAUGGCUGGAAAAACACUGACCAUCCAAUGUUCCUGGUCAACCGCACUCCCAACACCAAUCCAAGAACAGACAGAGCUUUUGAAAAUAGUAGCGCCUUCUGGAGGGUACGGACGAAUGUGUGAAGCACGUCGCUUCUUCUGGAACCACACUACCUUCCCGAACCCGCAGACCGCUGAUAUGGAAUCCGCGGAAUGGGUAGAAGCAGUAGGAAAGCACCUUGAUCCUGAGACAGGACUAAGUAAAUACCUUCUCAGGGAGCUUCACCAUUCAAAGUUCUUCCCUAAAGGUCAAUGGAUGCUUCGGAAUCUCACGACUCAGGAAUACGUGUGUUCAGAAGCGCCGCUUUCAAGGAGCGCGAAGAAGCCACUUGCUGAUUUCAAUACUAUCUUAAUGCACAGAACUACAUGGGCGACUCACAACGAGGAUUCUUUCAUGACUAAGCUGGGCUUGGGGGUUGGGAAGUGGGCUGGUUGUAGAUUUGAUAUCGUGUCUCAGGAUGUUUUCGAGGCUGAGAAGAGCACGGAGUGGAGGGAUACGACUAGGGAGGUUAAUGAUGAGGUGUGGGCUGCAAGGGAAGUGUUUAAAGGGUAUCAGAAAACGAAGAAUGGGAAGUAUUUUAGGGGAAAUGAUGGGGUUUCUGAUUCAAUAUUGCGUUUUUGA